AUGGCGAGAAUCUUUACACACUCAUCAAUCACUUGCUCCACCAAUUUGGGAUUUAACUUCCUCUCUUCUUCUCAUCGUUAUCUUCGUCCCAUUCUUUUUCGCCGAACUUUCUCUCUUUCACUAACUAAAUCACAUGUUUGUGUUAAGUACGAAUUGAGAAUAGUUGAUGCUAUUGCGUUGAUGGGUAUUGUCUCUUUGAUAGUUUUAAACCCGAAAGUUCCAUACUUUGAUCGAUUUCUAUAUGUUCUGUUUCAAAUGAAUUCGAAGCUUGAUUUGAUGGGUUAUUAUGUGAAGAAGAAUCUUUGGAAGAUUCGUAGAUUUGUAACAAUGGAUUCUUCUGGAACUGACUCGGCUAAGGAAUUGCAUGUUGGUUUGGACCCAACUACUGAGGAAGAGUAUGUCACACAGUCAAAGCUACUUAAAGAGUUCAUUAAUAUUCCCAGCGUUGACAAAGCUUGGAUUUUUAACUCUGGUUCUGGUCCUCAGGCAAUGUUUGCAAUGAGUCAAGCAAACCUUUUGGCUAAUAAAAGGAGGAAGUUUAUGUUAUCGGGUCAUAUUUCGAAAGAGAGUAACCAAUCGGUUAACUUUCACUGGGCGCCAUUUCCUAUUGAGAUGACUGGUGCAUCGGCUUUUGUCCCGUCUCCAUCGGGUCUGAAGCUCCUUGUUAUUCGAAAUCCUGAGAAUGAAUCUCCUACAAAGUUUGAGAUAUGGAGUUCGUCUCAGCUAGAGAAGGAGUUCCAUAUUCCACAGAAAGUUCAUGGCUCUGUAUACGUUGAUGGAUGGUUUGAAGGGAUAUCUUGGAAUGCAGAUGAGACUCAUGUUGCUUAUGUCGCCGAGGAACCAUCUCGUCCUAAGCCUACAUUUGACCAUCUAGGUUAUUACAAGAAAGGAAAUUCUUUGGACAAUGAUAUUGGAAGCUGGAAAGGUCAAGGAGAUUGGGAAGAGGAAUGGGGAGAAGCAUAUGCUGGAAAAAGGCAGCCAGCGUUGUUUGUUAUCGAUGUUGACAGUGGAGAGGUCGAACCAAUUAAAGGAAUUCCGAGAUCGAUAAGUGUUGGACAGGUUGUUUGGACUCCAAACAGUAAAGGCUCGGCUCAGUAUUUGGUUUUUGCUGGGUGGCUAGGAGAUAAAAGAAAGUUUGGUAUUAAGUACUGCUACAACAGACCUUGUGCUGUGUAUGCAAUUAAGUUCACAGACGUUUCCUUGGGAUCAGAUGAACCAAAAGAUGAUGCAAGUGAAGCAUUCCCUAUUCAUAAUUUGACCAAGAGCAUAAGCAGCGGUUUUUCGCCCCGGUUCAGCAAAGAUGGCAAGGUUCUUCUGUUUGUAUCCGCAAAGAGUGCUGUUGAUAAAGGGUCGCAUUGGGCAACCGAGUCACUUCACAGGAUUGACUGGCCAAGUGAUGGGAAACUCCCCGAGUCCACAAAUAUUAUUGAUGUGGUUCAAGUUGUGAAUUGUCCGGACGACGGUUGUUUCCCUGGGCUUUAUGUUACGGACCUUCUGAGUAAUCCGUGGCUGUCAGAUGGACAUACUCUUUUGUUGUCUUCCUACUGGCGCAGUUGUCGAGUAAUACUCAGCGUAAAUUUACGUAGCGGUGAAGUGUCACGUGUCAGCCCUUGUGAUUCAGAUUAUUCAUGGAGUGUUCUUGCGCUAGAUGGUGAUGAUAUUGUUGCCGUGUCCAGCAGUCCAGUGAAUGUUCCUGAAAUUAAGUAUGGAAAGAAAGUUAUUGAUCCAGCUGGGAAGCCUUCAUGGCAGUGGUCAGAUAUCCAAAACCCCAUAUUCAGAUGCUCUGAGAAGGUCAUGUCAGGGAUUUCAUCUCUUCAGUUUAAAAUUCUAAAAGUUCCACUCGGUGAUGUUUCUGAAGGUCUUACCGAAGGGGCGAAAAACCCUAUUGACGCUAUAUAUGUAUCUUCGUCUAAGUCUAAGGAGAAUGGGAAAUGUGAUCCUUUAAUUGUUGUUCUUCAUGGAGGUCCUCAUUCUGUUUCACCAUGCAGUUUCUCCAAAACUUUGGCCUAUCUCUCCUCAAUUGGAAACAGUCUGCUGAUUAUAAAUUACAGGGGUUCACUGGGAUUUGGGGAAGAUGCAUUACAGUCUCUACCUGGAAAAAUUGGAUCUCAGGAUGUGAACGAUGUGCUCGUGGCUAUUGAUCAUGCCAUUGAAAUGGGUCUUGCAGACCCAUCUAGAAUAACCGUGCUAGGUGGUUCUCAUGGUGGGUUUCUGACCACUCACUUGAUUGGCCAGGCACCGGAUAAAUUUGUGGCAGCAGCUGCAAGGAAUCCUGUAUGCAAUAUGGCAUCAAUGGUUGGGAUUACAGAUAUACCUGAUUGGUGUUUCUUUGAAGCCUAUGGGGACAAGACUCACUAUACAGAAGCCCCAUCACCCGGAGAUCUUUCUCGGUUUCAUCAAAUGUCCCCUAUAUCACACAUCUCAAAGGUGAAAACACCCACUCUGUUUCUUUUGGGAGCUCAGGAUCUUCGUGUUCCUAUAUCUGACGGAUUUCAAUACGUGAGGGCGUUGAAGGAGAAAGGAGUUGAGGUUAAAGCUUUAGUCUUUCCCAAUGACAAUCAUCCCCUAGACAGACCACAAACGGAUUAUGAAAGCUUUCUCAACAUUGCUGUUUGGUUCAACAAGUACUGCAAGCUGUGA